AUGGGGACGAAGUUGCACCACACCACAUCAUAUCAUCCCCAAGCCAACGGCCUCAUUGAACGAUUUCAUCGUCAACUUAAGGACGCCUUACGCGCUCGUUUGGCUGGCCCUCACUGGUUUUACCACCUCCCUUGGAUCCUUUUUGGAAUCCGAUGCGCUCCCAAAGAUGACACCAACUUGUCACCUGCCCAAUUGGUUUACAGGACAUCGUUGAGAGUACCUGGAACCUUGUGCGUUCAUCCUACUGCCCUGUCUACGCCCGCCGAACAUUUUUGGAGCCUUUGCGAUCAAUUCGCCAAUUUGGUUCCACCUCAAUCCAAAUUCCAUGGGGGCUCCGCAACUUUCGCCCCUGGCGAUUUGUCUUUGUGCCCUUUCGUUUGGGUAAUGGUAGACAGGGUUCGCCCGCCUUUGGAACCGCCUUACAAAGGCCCCUAUCGUGUCCUUUCACAACGAGACAAGACGUUCUUAGUGGACAUCAAUGGAAAAGCUGAUAACGUAUCUAUUGACCGCUUGAAGCCAACAUAUUUUGACGCUUCCAAACCUCCUCCUGUAGUGACCAGUGCUGGUCGCGUCGUUGCCCCACCUCAGCAAUUUCGACCCGUAUAA